AUGCCUCCCAAUAUAAAGAAGCCUUCAUCUCCAUUGUCAGCCAAGAAGAAUAUGGCUGUGAAAAAAGAAAUUGGCAAGUUGACGUUAAGGCAAGCGAACAUCGUUGAGGAACUUCGUGAUAAAAUAAUUAGACAAUUUUUCGAGAAUGGGGUGGCGGCUCUCACAAAACAAUAUAUUAUGAUAAUGGCCAAGCAUAUGGGUACCAAUGACUUGUUCUUCCAUGGAGGAAUAGCUGCAAAGACAUUUUGUGCGUUCAUGAAAACUUAUGUCUAUCUGGAUGGGUAUCCUUGUAAGAAAUUCGAAACAUUGAUGCAAAUAUCAUUUUCAUUCUUCUUGGAUCGGGCCUCUGCUGAAGAUAAAAAGUUUUGGCCCCAUUCUAGUGCGGUGCCUGUAGGGUUGUUAACAGCUAUUGCCAAUGAUAACGGCGUUAAAUUGAAAGACCCGACUCCCAGCCAGAUUAAAACCAUCAAGGAUAAAUGUCUGUCGCUAAACCCAGUGCAAAUUGAGAAAUUCAUAGCAGAAAAUUUGAAUCUUUCUAAACGAAGACUGUCAAAACUUACAAGCUCUACCAGUCCUAAAAAUGGAGAUGUGAGACACGGCCCUUCUGCCCCAAGUUCUCCUUCCCAAACUCGUUUCAAACCCAAUAGAGACUCUCCAAAAAAUCUUGUGAUUUUUAAAAGAGAUGUUGCCAACUCAUCAAUGGAAAUGACCAGAAGCGACACAGAGAAAGAUAUGUUCCCACAUAGACAUUCAAUCCCAAAAAUGACAAGAGAGGUCACUGACGAAACCGAAGAUUUGUUUCCCAGCAAAACUGCACAUUCACCCAGGGAUAAUAAUAAUGGAGACGAUCUAUUUCCAGGAAAAUCUGGAACUGUUCGUCGAUUUUCAACAGCACCAAGACCAUAUAGCAAUGGUUCUGCUUUGGAUAGCAAUAGAACUCCCCAGUGGGAGACGCCCAGAGACAGAGAAACUCAUCAUCCAGAUCGUCUCAACCCUAGACCUCCUCAAAGCCCUACUAGUGGGAACUCACUAUAUAUGAACAGGAACUCCAGCUACAGGCCCCGUUUGUCAAUAAAGACCGAAGAAGGGGACACUGGUCUAAAGCACUACAACAAUAAUAAUAAUAGUAAUACCACUAACUUAUCUCGGGGCCGAAUUACACCUACCGCUAUUAAGCGCCCUAAAACAGAACUAGGAGAUUACUGGAGACCUUCUGAGAAUGAUCGAAAUAAGAGACCAAAGAGCUCACCAAGUCUGUCAAACUUACCAAGUAGACCAGCGGCGCCUCAUAUACAUGCCGCUCGAAUGAAGAUGAUGGAGACAGAAGAAGAAGAAGAAAAAAAAAAACAGGGCCUAGAAGAACAACUCAAGGUGGUUAAGUACUCAGCAACAGGUACAAAUGCUUGUGAGAUAGUAGACAGAAAGCAGUUAACAAAACAGCCUGUGACCGAAUCUACAAGCGGAUUAGAAAUUAAAGAAAUCAAUAAUGAUAAUGUGUCUGAUGAUUCUGCAGAUAUUGAAGCAUUGGAAGACUAUAGUGAUAUAGACAGUCCAAUUGAAUUCGAUGAAGAUUUUAAAAGUAAUGAUUUUGAAAAGGAUCAAAAAGCUGCUGAUGACGACACCCCCGGCCACGACCGACCGGAACAAAAUAACGGCAACCACCAUGAUUCCAAUGGCAAUACUGUCAUCGUACCUCAUAAACUUUUCGAAGAUGCUGAUCCUGUGAUUUAUAAAAGGGAUGAAAGUCUUCCGACUAACGGAGAAAAAGAUAAUAAAAAAAAAGAUAAUAAUAAAGAAAAAAGCACAAGUGAUGAGGUUGACACUAGUUUGGUUGACUUUUUUGUCGAUCAUGUUCUUCAGAUUAAUGGUGAAAAAACCGGCUCCAAUGAGAAAGAUGUUCCGGUUGUGGAAGAUGUGAUUGGCAACCAUGGAGUGGUUGAUCUGGAUAUUUUAUCUAAUUAUGACGAAAUGGAAGCGGAAGUACGAGCUGGAACUGAAACUAUCGUGAUCCCUUCAAAUGAUGAUAUUACUGAAGUUAGACCAGAGCCGGUCAAUAGCUCGUCUAAGAGUCAGUCAAUUGAUUUUGAUGAUGAGUUAGUGGACUACGAUGAUUUGAUAGACUACGAUGAAUUGGUUGACUAUGAUGAGUCCAAAGGUGCUAUACACCCCACCACUGCCACUAGCGCUGAUAUACCUACACCCCUAUCAACGGAAGCACUGAGUGCUGAUGAAUUUGUCCUGUUAAUCGAAGCUUCUCAUUAUAAAAUGAUCUCUACCACCUUGGAUCUAGAAAAAUUAGAACAAGCUUUGAACAGUAGAGCACCUCGCGUCGAUGAACCUGAUGCCGGUAUUGAUGGUGUCGAUGAGGAGUUUGAUAUUUCUAUGGAUGAUGGAAUGGACAAAGAUCCUAUGCAGCUUCGAGUUGAUCAAGAACUCGAAGAUUUAAUGGAAUCAUUUCAAUUUAUUGAAAAGCCAACAGCUAUGGAAAACCAAGACCUUCAACAAAUUAAUGACGUUGCGCAAAUUAUUGAUGUUAUGGAUGAUGAAAAGAAAAAAUCGGGAAUUGAAGCUUUUAUUAAAUCAAAAGUUUUGCCACCGCAAAUUCAUAUCAGAGGAAACAACCUUCAAGCAGUUAAAAUGGCAUUAUUAUCGGGAGCAAGUUUGACAUAUUUUAUUAAAGCAAUGUCUAAUCUUGAACCUGCAUUCAAGUUGGAUCCGGUGAUGCAAAGAUUGUUGCAAGAUUCUAUGAAGCUUAAAUUCGAGAAUAAAUACAUCUAUUAUAGUCCUGUUUUCCAUAUGGUUAAUUCGUUGAUCCAAAAUCUAUAUAUUGUGGAAUAUCUUCGAAACAAAAAGUAUAAGAAGGAAAUAUAUUGUCAAUCCAAAAUUUUCCAAGAAGCAUUCAACAAAGAGCAAGAAGGAAUUUUGUACCUUUAUAUUGACAUGUAUACUGAUGAAGUGCUCAACGAGAUUCUGAAUGAUGGCACAAGUACCGGAUCAAUAAUUUUUUACCAAGCUUUAAAUAUCCCAAGAGAUGCCAAAGUAUCGAACACUUUUAAAGUUUCAAGCUGCGUCACAGAUAAUCUUCUUGAGAUGGUUCAGUUCUCUUUACUUGAAAUUGAAAUUAUAAAUAAGGUUAUUAUGGAUGAAGUAAUGAAUAUCGACGGUCAUAAAGUGCAAAUUGUUCCUUUGACCAAUUCUAGUGAUAUUCCUGCCACCUCGCAAUUAUUUUCAUUUAAUAGGUAUGAUGGUGUUAGUCCUUGUCAUAUAUGUGACAGUAAACGGCACAACGAUGGGAGAUUGUGCUAUAUGCCUUACAAUGGCAAAGAGCGGUCUAAUGUUGAUGCUUUUGCCAAUUCCCUACCAUCAUUGAGAAAUUUUUUCAAUGAUAAGUUCCAAGUUGUUUACGAUCCUUAUAUGAUGAAAAUAAGCUUAUGCAGAACCUUGUUUAGCCUUUUUGAUGUUGCUAUGGAUGAUUAUGCAUCCUAUUUGGGAAGGCCUUCUACUGACUCAUUUAAAAAAGCCAUUAAUGAUAUUUCCAAGACUAUUGAAUCUCCAUAUGCCGCUGAUUCUGGAAUAGUCCAUGAUAUUUUUCCGUUGCACGAUCUUUCUGGUCCUGAAUAUAAAACUGCUAUCAAUCUUUUACCGGUGGUGGUUUAUGAUUCCGAUAGGGUAGUGAAUGAUCAUAUGAAAUUGCUUUUCAUUUUGUUUUUUGAAUUCAUGUUGAUCCUUGGAAAGCAAACCUACGAUGAGAAAGAAGUUCUUUUCGUCAAAUUGUUCCCAGACUUAUACUAUGAAAUGUUGAAGAAACAAUUUCCUUAUACCGAUGAUCGUUAUAAGAAAUUCUAUACCUUGCCCAUGCAUCAGUUAUACCAUAUUUCAAAAAUGGCUGAGAUCUCUGGCCCCUUGGCUUGCUACUAUAGUGAAGGUCUCCGAGAUGAAGUUGAUUUUGUGAAAAAAUUGGCAAGAUCUUCUAGAUAUUUGCCUGAACCUCUCAACUACAAGCUUGCAUCUUACAAUAAUAUGAAAUAUUAUGAAAUGAUCAAUUGGGCUCCAAAAGAUGAUAUAGAUAUUGGACGCCGCCAAAACCAUAGUCAGAUUUAUAUAAAAAAUCACGAUGGCUCCAUCAAGAACUGUUUUGCUUAUCUUGAAGGGGAAUUAGUCAAAAUAGAUCGUUUCUACACUAGAAAGAAGUACGGACAAACAGUCCACUAUAUCACCACCAAAGUGAUAGCUAAGGGCAAGUAUGAAUUAUCUCUAGGAACCACUGGCCAAAUUUUAUAUGCAACCAUCGAUAUGCUCGAUCAGUACAUUGCUGAAAAGAAAGAUUUUGCAGUUAAUGAUAUCAAAAACAUCUUUUAUAGUUGCAACUACUUUGAAAUAGGUGAUAAAAAGAUGGUAUUGAUAAGGAGUGUUUGA